UGCAAGAUUUCAAUAAAAUAACAAAACUGACGUGUACUCAUUGUUGUAUUACUAUUGAGAAAUUUCGAGUUUCAUGUAGUUUGUAAAUAUAAACACAAUGUCGGAUACCGAGAGGCUCGUAGACAAUGGUGACCCUUCGAGAGAAACUUCAAAUACUGGCUCUGAAGGUGACCGGCCAGCAACAUCGGAACGGGAUGCAUAUUUUCAUGCACUUCGUCUAUGGAUCCAGCAGGCACAGAUGUAUCAAAAUAUAUCAACUUGUUUCCCCUACUAUAUGAUGACAUUGCAGGGACUUCAAAACAGCCCGACGAAUGUUCCUUUACUCAAUAAUAACUAUCAAUUUCAAGGACAACAGUUUCCUUUUCAAGUACAAAUUCCUCCUCGACAAGCAGCUGAAAAUCAAGUUCCAGGUGACCCUCUAUCUCCAGCUGAAAUUAUAGCGAGACAUGGUGGAUUUGAGUAUGUUAUUCCACCUUUGUAUAAGAGGCUAUUGGCAGAGUUUAUUGAUUUUAUGCUGCUGUUUAUUCUGAAACUUAUUGUCACAUUCAUAGCAGUAGACAUGUUUGAAUUAAUUGAUCUUGAUAAGUUUGAUUUCUACAAAUUCAGUGAACAUUAUGAUGAUUAUAAGUAUGCCAUGGAACUCACAUCAGAAAUACUUCUUUUAGAAAUAAUAUACAGAAUAUUAGUAUGCAUAUUUGAGGCAUUCUGCUUAAGUGGAAGUGUUGGUCGGACAGGAGGUGCAACUCCUGGAAAAGCAUUACUUGGCCUAAGAGUUGUCACAGCAUCUGCUGUCUUACCAGUUGAAGGCAGACCCAAAGAAACAGUAAUAUUAUACCCUGGCAAACCGCUCAGUUUCAUUGUAGCAUUAUUCAGAUCACUAAUGAAGAAUUUCUUAAUAUCACUUUUGUUUCCUCUAUGUGUUGUGCUUUUCGUUUUUCGUCAUAAUCGUACAGGGUAUGAUUUAUUGUGUGGUGUUGUAGUUGUUGAAGAAAAUAUGUUUCCACCACGACGACAUGCACCAUAACUUUGCAUAUAAAAAGGAAUUAAACAUCCUGCAAAAAUAUAUUAAUACAAGCUUUUAUGUAAAAAUAUCUCUAUAGAACCUAAAUAAAACAAAAAAAAUAUGUCAAUAUGAAGUCUGAUUUUCUGGAAAGAGUUACCAAAAUCAAUUAGCAGUAUGAUAAAGAAGAACAUGUUUUUGUAGGAUGUUUCAUGAUUAUCAGCAAUGUUAUGCAAACCUCAAAAAUUAGUUGGUAAAACUAUGUUCAAUUAAUUAACAUUUUAUUAAAUUGACCUUAAAUUUAUCAUUUUAUAUGAAAAUACAUUUAGCAUUGCCAGGAGCUAAAGGCACCAUCUAUUUUAUUCAUUGUCAUUUUUUAAUAAAUUCUCUCAUUUUCCUAGCAUUGAUAAUAAUAUAUUGUGCCAUUGCUUUAUGCAAUAUAGAAAUAUUAUCGUAAAUUGAAGGAAUAAAUAUCAUUGUACUAUUUUUAGGAAACAGAAUAAAUGUUGUUAUGCACUCAAAUAUUCUUUUAGUAAAAUAUUAUUGUAAAAAUAUUUUAGUCUAGGUAAUUUUUAUCAUUCUGAUUAAACAUAACUUAUUAUUUAUAUUAGAAUCAAAAUAUUUUUAAAGAAAUAUUUAAGAACAUUGAAAUACUGGGGUAAUAUUGUAUAUUUUUAAUGUGUAGAUACAGUAGCUCAGAUAGGAAUGAUUUGUGAUAAUUUUUAACAU